UAAUACAAAGUAUCCAAGCAAUUAGCUUUUUCGUUUUGAGGACAAAUACUUGGCUUGCAAAUUGGGUGGUGUUUGGUUGCAAGGGUAAGUGGAAAAAUGAAGAAAUCACCAUUGCCGUUGCAAAAUGCAUGUGGCGGUAGUAAGAAUCAGAGUCUGGGAAAGGAAGCUUUGGUGAAGCUAUUGAGGUGGCAUUUUGGGCAUCCUGAAUUUAGAGGCAAGCAAUUGGACGCCAUUGAAGCUGUCUUAUCAGGAAGAGAUUGCUUUUGUCUGAUGCCAACUGGUGGCGGGAAGUCAAUGUGUUAUCAGAUACCGGCCCUCGCCAAGAAAACUGGAAUUGUGCUUGUUGUUUGUCCUUUAAUAGCUUUGAUGGAAAACCAGGUGAUGGCAUUGAAGGAGAAAGGAAUUGCUGCUGAGUAUCUCUCCUCGACUCAGGCAGCCCAAACCAAAAAUAAGAUCCAUGAAGACCUUGAUUCUGGAAAACCAUCUCUGAGGCUACUUUAUGUGACUCCAGAACUGAUUGCCACACCCGGAUUUAUGACAAAGCUGAGAAAGAUUCACACGAGAGGGUUGCUAAAUCUCGUUGCCAUAGAUGAGGCACACUGCAUCUCUUCAUGGGGCCACGAUUUCAGGCCUAGCUACCGAAAGCUGUCAACUUUAAGGAGCCACCUCCCAGGUGUACCAAUAUUGGCUUUAACAGCUACAGCCGUUCCUAAAGUUCAGAAGGAUGUGAUAGAGUCCUUAUGUCUUCAGCACCCGUUAAUCCUAAAAUCUUCUUUCAAUCGUCCUAAUAUACAUUAUGAAGUUCGAUACAAAGAUCUUUUAGAUGAUGUCUACGCUGAUUUGUGUGAUGUGCUAAAAUCUAGUGGAGAUGUCUGUGCAAUUGUUUACUGCCUUGAACGUACAAUGUGUGAUGACUUGUCUGCUCAUCUAUCAAAAAAUGGAAUUUCAUGUGCUGCUUAUCAUGCAGGGUUGAAUGAUAAACUACGGAGCUCUGUCUUAGAUAAUUGGAUUUCUUCUAAGAUACAAGUUGUUGUGGCAACGGUGGCUUUUGGGUAUGAUUGUAUAUAUAACUUAAACAUUUUUUCUUCUUGCCUUUUGCGAAAAAUUUUUAUCUUAUUGCCCCCAGCUCAUGAUUGGGAUUGUGAUGUCCUUGCCUCUUUUCUUUCUAUAUUUGUGCUUGGAGCUUGUUCUGGUGCAUGCACAGUAAUUGAGCUAUUGGUGUCCCUUCAGGAUGAUAGAAAAGAUGUCAGAAUUGUUUGCCAUUUUAAUAUUCCCAAGUCAAUGGAAGCCUUCUACCAAGAGUCGGGUAGAGCUGGUCGUGAUCAACUACUCUCCAGAAGCCUGUUAUACUAUGGAAUCGAUGAUUGCAAAAGAAUGAAAUUUAUUCUAAGCAAUGCUGAUAACAAGAAGUCAAAGGCCUCAAACUCACAGGAAGAGUUGUCAAAUAAAACCCUGACCGACUUCCAGCAGAUGGUCGAGUAUUGUGAGGGUUCUGGAUGCCGUAGGAGAAAAAUUCUUGAGACUUUUGGUGAAAAGGUAUCUGCAUCACUAUGUGGAAAAACAUGUGAUGCCUGCAAACAUCCAAACUUAGUGGCCAAGUAUUUGGAGGAGCUUGCAAAUACUUGUAUCGUCCGGCAAAAGUUUGGUUCAUCUCGAAUUUUUAUGAGCAGCUCCUCAGAUAUGAUUAAUGAAGAUGGAACCUCUGAAUUCUGGAAUCGUGAUGAUGAAGAAAGUUGUUCUGAGGACGACAUAUCUGAUUCUGAUGAUGGUCUUGCAGUCAAGAACCUUGCCAGGUCAAAGUUGCCAAAAAAGGUGGGAAUCAGUGAAAAAAUUGAGUGCUUGCAGCGUUUAGAAGAAAGAUAUUACCCGGAUAAAUCUUCUGAUAAGCAGAUAAAUAAACCAGAGAAGAAUGCUAUAUCUGAUACGCUGAGGGAAGCAAGCAAGCAAAGAUUACAAAAUGCUCUAAAGCAGGCUCAGCAGCGGCUUGGUAACUUAAAGAUUGAAGUGGAAAAAUCAGCCUCUUUUCUCGAAAACGAGUGUUACAACAAAUAUGGGAAAACUGGGAAAUCUUUUUAUUAUUCUCAAGUGGCAAGUACAGUGAGGUGGCUAUCAUCUGCAGAUUAUACUGGCUUAACUAAUCGCCUUGGCACCGUUAACAGUUCCCUAUCAGACGAUGCUCUGCCUGAAACAGAACCUCCUGCAGCACGAUCACCUUUGGUGGAGGGACCAACAGAAAUUACCAGCAGUGAUUUCCAUGAUAGUGUUAGAUCAGAAACUUCUGUAGCUGUGUCACCAACGGAAAUUGCUUCCCCAAGUAUAAGGCUGCCACCAAUUCCGUCCUUCUCACAGUUUAUCAACACCAGAAAGACAAAAGACAACAGAUCAAGUGCAUCAGAAAAGAAAUCACCAAAUGGAGUUCAGAAGAACCUAGAGAAAAGAAUGAGGUUGCAGUAGGUUGAAUAUCUUGGUUCUUUUAUUUUAUAAUUUUUGAGGAAACUAGGCAUACAGAUACUUCGCAAUUUCUUCUCGUUGUCAAUAGCUGAUCUUCAGCAGUUAUUUCCGUGUAGUGUUCAAAACCCAGCUAUAAAAUCUAACAUGUGGAAGAGGCAUGUAUAUCCGGUUAUGGUUAUUUAGAUUCUAUCACAAAAAAUCACAAAUUCGAUUUACCGU